AUGCCUCCUACCGAGAACAUCAGUCCCGAGGUCCUUGCUGUCAUUGAUGAGCGGCUCUCAUCCAUCACCUCUUCAUUACAAGCUGAUAUGCGUUCCGCCAUGGAUGGGCUCUUCGAGCGGGUUUCAGCUUUGUCUCUCCAGAACCCACCCCAUCCACCUCCACCCCCACCCCCACCCCCACCCCACCUCCGUUCACUACCCCUUCCCCAUGUUUCCACCAUCUUCAUACUGGCUCUCCCACCCACCACACAUUCACCCCUCCACCGCAACCCCACAAUCACUUAG